UAUUAAAAAUGUAUUUUGUUAUUAAGUCAUAAUUAGGCCCAUAUUUUUAUUUACUAUGGUUUGGGUGUUCCGUUGUUGGUGAAUAGGUGUUUAUAUGACACCACGGGCACCUACUUACCUGGAAGUGCAGCACACCUGCGCACAGCGACAGCUUCCAGUUUGAACUGUUGGCGGUUAAUCCAAAAUGCAGCAAUGUUUCACCGUGCAGUUUUACAUUUUCUUUGUACGUUUGGAGUCUUUCAGAGAGGUCUAACAGCUCUGGUAGAAACACAGGAGACUGUAAUGGCAGCAGAAGGAGGAGAGGCUCGUCUCAGCUGUCUGCUGACGCAACCUAAAGAUGUUCUUCAGGUCACAUGGCAGAAACUGUUACCUGAGGGGGAGAAGACUGUUGGCACCUACAACAAACACUUUGGUCAGAAAGUGAGUUCUGACUUUAGAGAUAAAGUGAAGUUUGAAGCGGCUGGACUGCAGAACAGCUCCAUAGUUAUCAGGAAGGUGACGGAGCAGGAUGAAGGAUGCUAUCACUGUUUGUUUAACUCCUACCCUGAAGGUGCUCUCACUGGAACAACCUGCCUCAAUCUCUACGAGCUGCAUGAACCCGUCCUACAUGUUGGAGAAUCAAACUCUGCUGAAGAGGCACUUGUGUCCUGCUUGGCCACAGGUCGACCUGCUCCCACAGUAACAUUAAGUGUCCUGCCACACAACGGCCACUUUGCUAACCACAGCUCUGUGGGAGUCACCAACACCAACGGUACAGUCACUGUCACCACUACAGCUGUGCUGUCUCGUCUCCAUGACAACAUCACACAGGUUGGAUGUGCAGUGCGAGUGCUCUCUGCUCCUCAGAUAGAGGUGUUGGUGAUGAUUCCUGAGGUCAAACAGUCGUCUGCUGCUGGUUCUGAUGAGGAACCUGUAUCUGAUGACCAUGGACGCAGUAGGACUUCAUUAUGCAUCAUUGCAUCAUUCAUGUUAUGGGUCUGUUGUGCUGCUGCAGUCAUCACCGUCCUGAUUAAACAAAAAAAAUCAAUGCAGUCUGACACACAGGGAGUCUGAGAUGAAUGAGAUGUAUCAAACUACAAACAGAGAUACUCAUGAGGCCGAACAAUUUUCUGUCACAUAGGAGAACCAUCAGAUCAGACCACGGCCAUCACCUGUAAAGAGUGAAGAAAGUGAACUCAAAUCCGUAACCUUCAACACCAAGGAGACUGGAAAUGUGGUUGGAUGUACUUAGUUUUAUGUGUAACAGUGAGUAGGAGAUGCACAACUACCAUUAAGUUUGUAUUACUGUUAACUAGGGCUGCACCAUUAAUCUAAUGGCAUUUACAAUCGUGACGUCACACUGUGCGAUUACUUAACCAUAGAAGGGUGCUAUUUAAUUAAACAAAAGUGUGCAGUAUGUAAGACACUCUGUGUGCACUGCAGUCUGCUCAUUAUCCAUGAUCAUUUCACUCGCAUAUAAAACCAUAACAGAUAUGUGCAUGUAUAAAGACUACAACCGACCGUUCCUCUUUCCUCUCUAUUCAGCGGUGCGCUGAUGUAACAACUCAACCGAAAAGUGAAACUUCCACCUUGUAUCGUUUCCUAGCUAUCUUUCUUCAUAAUGUUCAGUUCACCAAAAACAGAAACAUAUUUAGUCGAAUAAAAGGCAGUUUUCCAGUCAUACAGUCAGGUUCAUACAUAUUUGGACAAUGACAGAUGUUUUAUUUAGACUUUUUUUCCAAAAACAUAUUCAAGUUACAGUUAAAUAGUUGCCUCUUCUUUUUCAAAGUGCCAAAAGUAAUUGGACAAUUAACUCAAACUGUUUUAUGAACAGUUGUGGCUUAUUCCUUCGUUAUUUUUUCAUCAAUUAAGCAGGUAAAAGGAGUGAAGUUUAUUUCAGGUGUGGCAUUCGCAUAUGGAAGCUCUUGCUGUGAACCUGCGGUCAAAGGAGCUGAAAGGAGUGAAACAAGCCGUCUUUAGGCUGCACAAAAAAGAAAAAAUCCAUCAGCAAGAUAGCAGUAAUUAAGUAAGUAGGUAUUAGCAAAAUCAACGUUUUUGUACAUUCUGAGAAAAAAAGAAUGCACUAGUGAGCUCAGCAACACAAAAACGGCUGGGUGUCCACAGAGGACAACAGUGGUGGAUGAUAGGAUUCUUUCCAUGGUCAAAAACAAAUAUUCUGCAACUCUAUUCUCAACCCAAUCGAGCGUGCAUUUCAUUUGUUAAAGACAAAACAUAAGGCAGAAAUACCCAUGAACAUAUAACAACUGAAGACAGCUGCAGAAAAGACCUGUAAAAGCAUGUUCCAGACUUCAAGCCUGUAAAAGGAUUCUCAACAAUGUAUUUAAAAUGAACAUUUCAUUUAUGAUUAUGUUAAUUUGUCUAAUGUGUCACUGUCCAAAUAUUUCAGGACCUAACAAUAUUUUGUCACUGAAGAUUUCUUAAAGUGCACUGAUACAUCCCUAAUUACUUUUAACAUUACAUUAACAAUAUACAAACAGUAUACUAUUAAAUGAACAUUAUACUUUAAAACAACCCAAAAGACUGAAGAAGUGCCUGUCGCACCUGAACAAAACUGCAUCAAAGCUUUGGAGACUAAAUGUUGAACAUUUGUAAGAGAAGUUAAAGAUUACACUGUGGACAUUGGACCUCCAUUACCUCUUUGUUCAACAAGUGAGAGAACAAUUACUACAAUUUAUUGUUUUCGUUAUGUAUAUUAGUAAUAUUUUUUAUACAAUUUUAAAUUGUGAUCACACUAUUAUGCUGCACAUACCAGUGAGUGCUCUGUUAGCUUUCUUGUGACUUGAUAUACACAGUAUAAGGUUUUUUUUGUGUGUGUGUUUUUGUAAUUUGUCAUCUAAUGAUCUAAAUUAUGCUAAACAUGUGAAUAUAGAACAACUGAACAUAAAUAAUCUUAAACAGUAUUAACAGUAGUAACAUCAUGAAAAUGUGUGUGGUAUAUCAACAGAAAGGUGUUGAGAUCUUUGUGAUCGUUAAAAGAUUAGACUGCGUCUGCAAUUAAGGACAUUUAAAAAAAAAAAACUCAAUCAAUAGAACAAAAUUGCAUUGACAUGUUUAAGUUGUAAAAUAGGAUAAUGUUAUCUUAGUUAUAUUUUAAAUACUGCAAAUAUCUGUAAACCCCAAUAAUCUCUCAAACUACACAUGCAGUAUAGCUUAGUUUCAUCAUGUAAACUUAAAUGAGACUGAAAUGUUUUUGUAUGGUGCUGGUUUUGUGUAAAUAUGUAUAAUUUCAUAUGGUUGGGGUCCCACAUAAGUGGUUUUGUCCACCUAGUUUCCUACAGCUGGGAGCUGGCAGCUAGUUGUUUUCAGUGUCGGUUGGUUGGUGUCUGUGUGAAAGCCAAUAAAUGCCACGCUUGUGCUUUGCAUUUUA